GCAGCAGCGUUGUGGCUGGGAGAGGACUAUGACUCCAGAAUGGUUUUCCUGCCUGCUGAUGAACCAGACGAUGCCCCAGCCUCAGAGCUGCCCACAUGCCUGCUGUGUGUGUGUCUGACCGGCUCUGUGUACUGUGAGGAAGUUGUUCCUGAGAUGACUGCUGUGCCCACCCUGCCCAAGGAGACUGCCUACUUCUACGCCCGCUAUAACAAGAUCAACAAGAUCACCAAUAAAGACUUUGCAGAAAUCGUGACUCUGAAGAGAAUCGACCUGACGGGAAACCUGAUCUCUGAGAUCCAGGACGGAGCGUUCUCCAAGCUUACCCUAUUGGAGGAACUCAAUUUGGCUGAGAACCAUCUGGUCAAGCUGCCCAUGCUGCCUGGCAAGCUCACAACCUUCAACGCCAACCACAAUCAGCUCAAAACCAAAGGGGUCAAGGCCAACGCCUUCAAGAAACUGAGGCAGCUGGUUAACCUGUUCCUUGGAGACAAUAAGCUGGAGGCCGUGCCAGUGAUCCCUGAGAGCGUCCGCAUUAUUCACCUACAGAACAACAACAUCACUGAUGUCACCUCCGAGACGUUCUGUAAUGGCAACAACACGUACUACGUCAGACCCAACCUGAUAGAGGUGAGGUUGGAUGGGAACCCAGUGCUGCUGUCCAAGUCCCCCGACAGCUUCACCUGCCUCAAGUCUCUCCCCGUCGGACAGUACCGCUAAACAGAAGACUCCCUGGGGAAAGGUUAUUUCGCUAACUUUUCCAAAAUUCCCAGGUUUUCCAGAAAUCCUAGAAUGAGUAGGGAAUAAACAGGGAAUCCAGAAUACUACAAACAGGAUUUCUGUAUAACUAGGGGAUUUAGGAAACGUUUUCCAACGUUAAUGGACUUCCUGGUUAUUAAAUAACAUUACAGUAGUAAAACAGACAGCUUCUACAGGGCUUUCAGCCAGACAGACACAUACUGAAUAGAUUCAACGCAAUUCCCUAUUCUACUUGACGAAGACAAGACCAUCUGAUAUGACCGGUCGUCUACACAAUACAUUCCAUUUCUGUCUGAACGUUUCUUCUGUAAAACAUUGUGCCCACGUCUUUCAGAAGGUGGAUUGGGACUGAAACGUUAGCGUGUCACGUUAGCAAGCUUCCUCUCUGUGUUGUUUCUGAUUUAAUUUCCUUUACAUUUAGACUGGUCUUGAACAUACACUUGAACACAUGAGCUACAUGGUCUGAAGCCUUUGUAAAUGCACCUUUUAUUCAAUGCUUCUGCAUAAUGUAUGAAUUAUGACUUCUUCAAAAUGUUGAGUCAAGCUUUUGGCUUUCUGAAUUCUGUGAAUUACCUUCAUGUAAACUGGUUCUUAAGUAGAAGUUGACAAUAAAUGUAUCUUUGAAAUACGUAGCCUAUAGUAAUGUGAACCUAACGUGUCUCAAAAUUGUAAGCUUUGAUAUUGAAAUGGUGGAAUCAGAGAUGGUAUGAUCCUUUUCUAAAGUCCUUUUAGAAAGGGAUCAUUAGGGAUUAUUACCUGUGGUUACUACCUGUGGUUAUUACCUGUGGUUAUUACCUGUGGUUAUUACCUGUGGUUACUACCUGUGGUUAUUACCUGUGGUUACUACCUGUGGUUAUUACCUGUGGUUACUACCUGUGGUUAUUACCUGUGGUUACUACCUGUGGUUAUUACCUGUGGUUACUACCUGUGGUUACUACCUGUGGUUAUUACCUGUGGUUACUACCUGUGGUUACUACCUGUGGUUACUACCUGUGGUUACUACCUGUGGUUACUACCUGUGGUUAUUACCUGUGGUUACUACCUGUGGUUGCUACCUGUGGUUACUACCUGUGGUUAUUACCUGUGGUUAUUACCUGUGGUUACUACCUGUGGUUACUACCUGUGGUUAUUACCUGUGGUUACUACCUGUGGUUACUACCUGUGGUUACUACCUGUGGUUACUACCUGUGGU